CGAAAGUAAUAACAUUUUGGAAAGAAAUGUAUCGAAACAAGUGAAAAAUAAGAUGUUAGCAAACGUAAUGGACUUUGCACGACUUUUUCAGUCGCUAUGCAUAUGCUUAUUAACCUUAGAUAUCCAGUUAUUUGGGUUAACAUCUGGCGCCAACCCUGAAGUAGAACAACAUUUAGAGAUGGGUAAAAAAUUAUUGGCAGCAGGACAGUUAGCAGAUGCCUUGUCACAUUACCAUGCUGCUGUUGAGGGAGAUCCAGAUAAUUAUAUGACUUACUUUAAAAGAGCUACAGUAUUUUUAGCUCUUGGUAAAUCUAGAUCUGCUUUACCAGAUUUAGCAAAAGUUGUUGAAUUACGUCCAGAUUUCACUGCAGCUCGUAUACAACGAGGAAGUGUGUUAUUAAAACAGGGCAAAUAUAAAGAAGCUAAAAAUGACUUUGAAACUGUGUUGAAAACUUCGCCUAAUAAUGAAGAAGCUAAGAGAAAUAUAGAUAAAAUAGAAACUAUACCACCAGAUAUAGAACUAGCCUAUAGAUUAGUUGAAGAAGGUAACUAUGGAGAUGCCAUACAAGUUUUAGGAGGAAUUAUUGAUACCUGUCCAUGGGACCCAACAUUCCACGAAAUUCGAUCUGAAUGUUAUGAAGCUCAGGGUGAUUUAUUUAAAGCAGCUAGUGAUAUAAGACAGUCUACUAAAUUAAGAGCAGACAAUACACGAGGUUAUUUUAAAUUAAGUUCGCUACAUUAUGAGAUGGGAGAAGCAGAUGAAUCUCUCGUACAAAUUCGUGAGUGCCUUAAACUAGACCCAGAUAAUAAACAAUGUUUUCCUCAUUAUAAAAAAGUGAAAAAGUUAGUCAAAUUAAUGACGUCUGCUCAAGAAAGUAUCAAUAAUGAAGAAUAUGAUAAAUGUGUUAAAAAAGCAGAAGAAAUGUUAAAAGUAGAAUCUUUAGUUCAUCAUUAUGUAUCAAGAGCAGGGCAGCAUAAGUGUAAAUGUUAUUCAAAGGGUGGUAAAGUGAAAGAAGCUUUAGCAGAAUGUACGCAUUUACUAAAAAUAGAUCCUAAUAAUUUAGAUGCUUUGAUAGAUAGAGCUGAAGCUCAUAUAUUUAAUGAAGAUUAUGAAGCAGCUAUUAAUGAUUAUCAAGAAGCUAGUAAUAUUGAUGGUGAAAAUAGAAGAGUUAAAGAAGGUUUAAAUAAAGCUAACAAAUUAUUAAAACAAUCAAAAAAACGUGAUUAUUAUAAAAUAUUAGGGGUUAAAAGAAAUGCUAAAAAGAAAGCUAUAAUGAAGGCAUAUAGAAAAUUAGCUGUAUUGUGGCAUCCCGAUAAAUUUACUACAGAUGAAGAAAAAGAAAAAGCCCAGAAGAAAUUUUUAGAUAUUGCCGCAGCUAAAGAAGUAUUAACUGAUCCAGAAAAACGAGCACAAUUUGAUAAUGGUGAAGAUCCUUUAGAUCCUGAAGAACAAAGUGGUCAUGGUGGAAAUCCAUUUCAACAAGGUUUUAAUCCCUUUGGUCAAGGCUUCUCUGGUGGAAGUUUCAAAUUUCACUUCAAUUAAUGACAGCUUCAAUCCUAGUUUGUUACAAUUGUUUUGUUAUGUAUUUUAUAUAUCUACUUGUUAUAAAUGGGUUCCUUAAUGUUAAUUUGAUUAGGUUUUUGUCUAUUUUAAUAAUAAGUAAAAAAGUAAAUAAUUAAUAGAGAUGUGCAAUGUAACAAAACAUUGCACAUAUUUUUUUUAUCACAAUAAACUUGCUUGAGUUUAUUUCUAGUUUUAUCUUAUUUAGUUUCCAGCUACAUUAUAAGGUUUUUUCUGAUUAUGGAACAUUUUUGUCAAAAUUUGGGUUUUUUGCAUUUCUCUAAGAUUUGUUAGAAAAGAUGCAUGAUGAAAAUUUCUCAUAAUUUAUUGACAAAGAUUGGUUGUAAAUCAGUUACUUUGGUUUUGUUUACAAUCUGAGAACUCCAAAAAUAUUUUUGAAAUGUACGACAUAAGGACCCAUAUUCUUAAUUGAAAAUUACUAGUCUAUAACACUGUCCUUAUAGUGAAAUAGUUAGUUUUUAAAGCAUAAUUUGUGCAAAACUAUAUCUGUUGAUUCUAAACUUUGACUCUAAUUAAUGUAUUCUUAGAAGAUCUGAAAGAUGUGUUAAAUAUGUUGCACAUCACUUUAAUUUCGUAAAUCAAAAUAUCAUUUAGAUGAGAUUUAGCCAUUUAAUAAAAUGUUUGGGGGAUUUCAUGGUUCUUUGCUUUGGGGUAUUUUAUGGUUCUUUUUGAAACAGUUUUCAAGAAGUAUUAUAUAUCACCUGUUGAUAUAGCACUAGUUGCCACGCUAUACAAUAGCCACUUAAUUAAUAGACAAACCAUCUUCAUUAGCCCACAUGGUGCAGAAAAGUAAAACUCCAUUCAUUUCAUUUCAUUUCAAUUGACAAAACCUAAUAUAUGUAUCUUACUUCUGCCCCACCACAAACGGGAGAGUUAUCUUUCUUUGUGUUUUAUUUGGUUCAAUUCUCCAAGUGCAUACAAAUGCUUGGAUUAGUUUGUUUUAUUUAUUAUUAUUAAUAGUGUUUUUUUGAGUUCAUUACAACUUGUCAAAAUGUUUUCACAUUGUGUGUCUGUAAGGUUGAGUGAAUGAUUUAGAAUCUUGAUGUAGAGAAAAUGUGAUACAUGAAUGAAUGGAAAUAAAUGAAUCAUGCAAGUCUCUUAUGUGUUGUUUUCUUUGCUUAUAUGUAUAUGUAAAUAUUGCAAGCUUGUCUGAACUUUUUUGUCUGCUUGUAGACAAUCAGAUACGGUACCAACACAAGUUUACACUUUUACAACCAGUCAAAUUAAAAUUGGACCAAAUUUUU